AUGCGCAAGCCGACGAAAGCUUCGAAUUCGACCUCGAGCAGCGCCGCGGAUGACGCCGUGUCGCUGCACACGAAUCCCGGCGAGACCGAAGCCUUUCCCCUUCUCCAUGACGACGAUGCCCCUGAGCUCAACCUGGAUUCGCUUGACGACUUGCCGCCUGUCUACAGUGAUGCCGUCGACUCUCCUCCCAGCGCCGCUCGCUCCGCCCCGUACCCAGCCUUUCGCAAGGAUGCCAACACCGGCGCCGAGGUCUACCUCCGCGACGAGCUCCAGCAGCCCGCUGCACUGGAGAGCUUCAUUCGCUCCGUAGCCACGAUCCCUCCCCGGCCGUACCUGAGGGUCGUGGGAACACACACAGCGAGCAGGAAGAAGAGCGAUGGCAAGACCGAGAAGAAGACCGUGACCGAUUUCGCCGUGUCAGUCGAGAUGACGCCAUACCUAUACUCGGCCGCCCAGUACGGCCGCUCGUGGACGCAACUGCGCACCGUCGACAACGCAGAGAAGGUGCGCCGCGGCACCAGCCUGAAGAAGCGGGCUCCAGGGUCCCAGCAGGACAUAGAGGUCGGCGGGGGCCCGAAGCCCUCUCUCGAGGAGUGGUGUCAUCGGUACUGCGCCAGCCACACCGGUCUCCGAUGCUUUGCGCUCAAGCGUGAGAUGACCGGCUUUGACUUUCUCAGAGUCAAGGAACAGCUCCAUGCUCUGGUUCGAAGCACCAAUUAUCGAGGCCGGCUGGACGUCCACAUGGUUACCAACGAUGCCACUGUCGAGGUCUAUAACGAUGCUCGGAUCAACCGCUGGCGGUUCACGUCAUGGAUACAGUGGCUGUUCUACCUGACCCUCAUGUUCAUCUUUUCGUGGCCCUAUCUCUUCUUCCGGACCAAGCGAUGGGAGGUUGCUGUGGCCGAAUGGCCGUUCUCCCGCAUGGCCGCGAAUGGGCAGCGUGAGUAUGUCAGCAUCAGCGAGGACCAGCUGUACAACAUGUGGGGUCGGGCCGUUCUCCGGGCUGUCCUCGAGAAACGACAGUGUGUGCUGGAUCAAGCGGAUCUUGCGAGAGCUCAGGAGCCUGACCCUAGCUUCGAGUCGGGGCAUUCCGCCGUGGAUGGUGCGAUCAACCUGUUUCGUGCGGGUAUCGGUGCCAUGAAUGAAGUCAAUCGCCAACUAGGCUGGGGUGCAGACGAGUUCUGA